UUAUGAAAGAGAACUUGGUCAUAGUCACUAACUAAGCAACGUUAUUUUUAAAGGAUCUAAAAACAAUGAUAGACAAUGUGUUAAACUCUGUCAUCUCACUGAGUGUACGAUAGCACAUUCAAAUAGAAGAUUGUUCAAUAGAGGAAGAUUCUUGAAUACAUCGAUUCUUAAAUAUAUUGAAUACCGAACUAUUUCCGAGUAUAAACAACCUUUCCUUGAUAUGAGCCCCAGACACAAGUAUGAUCCCAGUUUGUAUGUGUGUGUGUGUGUGUGUGUAUUUGGUGUGUGUGUGUGUGUGUUUGGUGUGGGUGUCAGUCUGUCUGUCUGUAAGUUGAUAUUAUCUCUGUAUAUAGGCCAAUCAGCUUGGACUCUCUUGAAAGGGGCGUGACAGGGAUCUACAAACACACACACACACACACAUACACACACAAACACACACACACACACACAUACACACACUGAGCGGAGCUAGAGAGCGUGUUUCACUGGGCAGUGAGUUGACAGAGGCAGAGCUACAGAGGGAGACCCUCUAGAGCAGGAGUGUGUCAGGUUAAGAACACAUCAUAAGGUGCAGCUUCGUAAAAUAAUGAGUACAUAGAAGAAGACGAAGAAGAAGAGGAAGAGAGAAUAAGAGGGGUGACAGGAGAAGAGGGGCGAGAGAAGAAGGGGUGAGAGACAGAAUGCCACAGAACGUGGUGCUGGAGGGAGGGGCACCCUGGGGCUUCAGAAUAACAGGUGGAAAGGAGAACAAUCAGCCUAUCAGCAUCGGGAGGGUAACGCCGGGGGGAAAGGCGUCAUUGGCCAACCUGUGUCGUGGUGAUGUCAUCCUCGCUAUUGGAGGCGUGGCCACAGACGCUAUGACUCUUUCUGAGGGCCAGAACGCCAUCCUAAGCUCCACCCAGCAGCUUUGUUUCAAAAUAGAAAGACCGGAGACCAGACUGUGGUCCCCUCAGAUGGAGCCUUUCAGAGUCAACCUGCAGGCUAAUGAAAAGGAGCUCGGACAUUUUGAGCACAAAUUCAACGUUCGGCCGCGGCCUUUCGGAGCGGCGCCAGCGGUGGUGUCCAUGGAAACCAUUGACGACAACAACAACAGUGUCAGCCGCCCCGCCACCAGACACGUGACAGCUCCACUGAGCAGACCUCAGCCUCCGGCUGCUAAGUUACAGAAGCUCCCUCUCUGUGAUGUCUGUGGAAAAGGGAUCAUCGGCCCGGUGGUCCACGCAGGAGAGAAGUGGCGCCACCCCGCGUGUUUCCUGUGUGCGUUCUGCGGGACGGAGCUGAAGCACCGAGGCUACUACCUCAUCGAGGGAGAGCUCUACUGCCAGGAGCACGCCUCUGGGCACGCUCAGGAGGACCGCUAGCCCACAGGCUAACCCACAGGAGGACCGCUGGUCCGCAGGCUAACUGAGGGCCGCUAGCCCCGCAGGCUAACGGAGGUCCGCUAACCCACAGGCUAACCCUCAGGAGGACCGCUAACCCAACAGGCUCACCCAGCAGGCUAACCCCACAGGCCACCGGAGGACUGCUAAGCCAACAGGCUGACCCAGCAGGCUAACCCACAGGCUAUAGGAGGACCGCUAACCCUCAGGAACUCCAUUUAUUAGCAGACGCCCGCGCACACACACACACACACACACACACACACACACACACACACACAAACAUAAACACACACACACA